GUGCCUGUCUGAGUGUGUAUGUCUGCGUCCAAUGCCUGCUCAGAUCUUCGCGGCCAUCUCCUCCUCCUCUCUGCUCUUGCCGUACAGCUGGGGCUUGAUGUGUCCGUUGGCACCGUCGUCGCCCGGGGCCUUCCUGGGCAGCAGCACGUGCUUGUAAAGCAGAGGCAGCGACACUAGGAUGAUGGACAGGAUCAGCGUCAUCAUCACGAUCUCGUUGACGGGGAUGACAGCAACGCACACCUGACCAACACACACAAUUAGUGGAUGGGUGGAUGGAUUGAUGGCGCGUCCCAUACGUACCAGUACGACCAGCAUGAUGGCCAGCCAUAUGGUUGAGCCGAUGUGUCGCGCCCAGGGGGCGUACACCAUGGUGUAGCACCCAAUAGACGUAAUGCACCGAAGCAUGCCGCUGGCCGAUUCAACCGCACACGCAACACAAGCACAAGCGUGAAUGUCCAUCCAUCCGUCCAUCUGUGCAGUGUGUGUGUGUGUUGGUGCUGUGAUGCUUACUUGGCCCAUCCCGGCACAGGGUGGUCCUCGUGAGCGCCUCCCUCAUCGAUGGCGGGGAUGCCCAUGAGCCAGAGCAUCACCCCACAGAUGCCCGCCACCACUAUCAUCCCGAUGUACCGGCGCCGCCCCUCUCGCGGCAGACUGGGCAGCUCGCUCACAUAGAACUCCAGCCACACGGCCAGCGCACCCAUCAUCACAGCCGCCACCAAGUAGAAGGCGAUAUCGUCAGGGUGGAUGAACUUCUUGUUGUCGCCAUCUGGGUCACGCAUCAGCAGCACGGCCCAUCCCAGUGCCUGCCCCAGGUUGAGGAGGGCGUGCAUGCCCGUGAUGGCCGCUGCCGCCUCCCACUCUCGGUAUUGAGGGAAGGCGAGCGCGAGUGCGAAGAGGGCGCUGAGUGCGAGGAAUACGGCGUGGAAUGCCGCCCAGGGGGGAGGGGUGAGCGCACCGUUGACACACGCGAACACGAUAAGAAUGACCCCUACGGCCGCGCUGCAGCCGACGAAGGCCAUGGGAGCCCCGCGCACAGAACCCAUUCUCACGUCGCGGGAAGAGAGACCGGAGAAUGCGCAAAAAGAUUGAGCAGUCUGCAAGCUCAGCU